AUGUACCAAGUUGCCUACCAUGCAUACUGUAAUGGACAGAGAAAACCCUACCAAUGUCCAGAGUGCAACAAGAGCUUUGCGACCCACUCCCACUUCAAGUAUCAUAUGCGUGUACACCGCAAUGAACGGACGUACGCCUGCGAUGUGUGCGGUGACAGUUUCUUCCAGAUGUCUAAGCUGCAACGUCACAAACUGAAGCACACAAAAGAGAAAAAGUAUGCAUGUUCAGUAUGUAAUAAAGGUUUCAACAAUCUAACAUCACUGCGCAAGCACAGCCUUACACACACGGAGGAGCGCCCCUACCAGUGCAGCGCGUGCGGACGACGCUUCAGAGACGGCUCCAAUUAUAGAAAACAUGUCGCCAAACAUGACAUGAAGAAGUGUGGUUGCGAGGGUUGUCGGAGGUCAGGUACCUGCUGUGCGCACUCCGGCAAGGACAUGCGCAGGCACGCCGCUGUGCACUCCGAUUCGAAGCCAUUUCGCUGCAAAGUGUGCAACAGACGCUUCAGAAGGAAGGACAAUCUGGAGCGUCAUAUUAGAAACACCCACCCCGAGUACGUGCCCGCCACAGCCGUAGAGUGCGACGAGGGUGCGCUCAAACAGGUCGCUAAUACAAACGGAACAGAACAUAUAGAAACAAAUGGAGCGACCGAAAUAAAUAAACUAGAAAUACUCGAACAACUACCACUUUUGACACAAGAAGUUAUUGAAAAACAUAUGUAUAUUGAAGUCGACAUUGACACUAAAGAGUGUAAAAUCGAAAAAAGUAAUAAGGAAAUAGACAAAUCGUAUAUUCUAGAAGCUAAUAAUGCGAGAGAAAGUGUUAUAGUUGAAAAGAGGAACACAGAUAGUGAAAAGAAACCAGCAAGUCCUGCCCCGGAGUAUGGCUACGUGCACAAAAUAAGGCGUGCUAAUAUGAUGAGAUCGUCCAAAGAGAUCCCUCUCCCGCCGAUAGAUGAGCAGAAGAUGAUGAAAUUGAAAGAGAAUAGUGACUUGAAUGAGUUCCACUCGAGGCCUCCCAUAAAGAAUGUGGAACUCUACAAAAUGAUUCUGACCAAUGAUAAACAAGUGCUGAGCAAAGUGUCGCCGGGCGCAGAUACGGAGGCGUGAAGAAUAGAUAUGAUUGCAACUAAAGGCUAAAUGUGAUUUUAUGCGUGAGACGGAUACAGGAAUUACUGCUACGAAAAAUAUCAAUGAAAUGGUGAAAAAUACAAAACAUAAUUUUGAUUUAGUUAACUCAAAAUGGAUUACAUAAGUUUUUUAUGUUUACUAUAUUGAAUACUUUUAUAUAAAUGUUUUAUAUAUCAAUUUUCCAGUAUAUAUGUGUGGUAAUUAUUACGUCAUAUGAUUGUUGUAUGAAUUCGUAUGAGAUUUCGUCAGGAUACAGAUUUAUUUAUGGUAAUAAAACCACAAUGAUGUGUCUUAUUGGACUUUUUAAUGCAAUGUUUAGUUAUUAUAUGUCAAAUGUUUAUUAUCUACAUUACAUAAGGAUCCUAAAAUCAGUCAUAAAUAUUACUAACAUUGUUGCUUUUAAGAACGUCCAAGACGUAUAGUUUUAAGAUAUAUUUAGCUGUGAACUUUAUUAUUUUUAUAUAAGUAUAUCCAGUGAGAUUUAGAAACGUUGUUAUUUUAAAGUUUAUCUGGCUCGAAGGACCAAAAUUUUAAAUUGGUAUGUUUGAUCUCAAAUUCGAUUUUUUUCUCUUUUAAUUCGAAAUUUAUUAUUAACUAAAUUAGACAGAAGUCGUUCGUCGUAGAAUAAUAAUGUUUCUGAAUCUAUUUGUCGGUUGAUUGCAUUUAAUUUUGUUCCUUAAAAAGGUUACGGGCAUUCUGUAUUAGAAAGGACAAUUUUUAUUGUAUUUGAGCAUAAUUUGUGUUACUUAUUUUUCUAUUUUUAUAGUUUUUUUAACAACAAUAAUGCCCUUGAUAAAAUACUUAAUUCAACACAAUGUUACCAUGUAAUAAUGGCAAUAAUCAGAAGACUGUAUGAAAAAAAAUUGCCAGAGUAGAAAAUUUUUCACUCAUGGUUUUAUUCAAUGAAAUUUUGGAUUUUAAAGCUUCGUCUGCCAAAAAAUGUAUGUGAUAAAAAAAAGGAUUUGUAAACAAUUUCGCGUUGGUGAGAACUUAUAGAUUUAUAACUACGACUGAUGUUUGUGAUCUCUUUUACGUUGAUCUCAAGUAUAUUAUUUAAGGUAACGCAACAUCUAUUUAAUUGGAUAACGGUUUUUGUAACGUUCAAAAUUUUAAAAAUCGAAUGUUUGAAAAUUCAACGACUAUCGCAGCUUGACUUCUGUAAUUUGUAUACGUGUUUUUCAUUUUAAUAAAUGCAUUAAAUCAAC